GAGAGGUCAGCGGAGCUCCGGUCUGCAGGGGCAACAAUGGCGGGGCUUUGGGUCGGGGAGGCAGCGCUGGUCACAGCAGGACGGCGUGGACGGCGGUGGCCGCAGCCACUGUUGCGGAGCGCGGCGCUAUGGACCCUGAAGCAUGUUCCACAUUAUUCAAGACAGCAUUUAGUGGUGUCUCGUAGUCUCUGUUCAGUGGGAUAUGAUUCUAAUGAAAAAACUUUUGAUAAAAUUCUUGUUGCUAAUAGAGGAGAAAUUGCAUGUAGGGUUAUUAAAACUUGCAAGAAGAUGGGCAUUAAGACGGUUGCCAUCCACAGUGAUGUUGAUGCUAGUUCUGUUCACGUGAAAAUGGCGGAUGAGGCGGUCUGUGUUGGCCCAGCUCCCACCAGUAAAAGCUACCUCAACAUGGAUGCCAUCAUGGAAGCCAUUAAGAAAACCGGGGCCCAAGCUGUACAUCCAGGUUAUGGAUUUCUUUCAGAAAAUAAAGAAUUUGCCAAAUGUUUGGCAGCAGCAGAUGUCAUCUUCAUUGGACCUGAUACACAUGCUAUUCAAGCCAUGGGUGACAAGAUUGAAAGCAAAUUAUUAGCUAAGAACGCAAAGGUUAACACAAUCCCUGGCUUUGAUGGAGUGGUCAAGGAUGCAGAUGAAGCUGUCAGAAUUGCAAGGGAAAUUGGCUACCCUGUUAUGAUCAAGGCCUCAGCAGGUGGUGGUGGGAAAGGCAUGCGAAUCGCUUGGGAUGAUGAAGAGACCAGGGAUGGUUUUAGAUUUUCAUCUCAAGAAGCUGCUUCUAGUUUUGGUGAUGAUAGGCUACUAAUAGAAAAAUUUAUUGAUAACCCUCGUCAUAUAGAAGUCCAGGUUUUAGGUGAUAAACAUGGGAAUGCUUUGUGGCUCAAUGAAAGAGAGUGCUCAAUUCAGCGAAGAAAUCAGAAGGUGGUAGAGGAAGCACCAAGCCUUUUUCUGGAUUCUGAGACUCGAAGAGCAAUGGGAGAACAAGCUGUAGCCCUUGCCAAAGCAGUAAAUUAUUCUUCUGCUGGAACCGUAGAAUUCCUUGUGGACUCAAAAAAGAAUUUUUAUUUCUUGGAAAUGAAUACGAGACUCCAGGUUGAGCAUCCUGUCACAGAAUGCAUUACUGGCCUGGACCUAGUCCAAGAAAUGAUCCGUGUUGCCAAGGGUUACCCUCUCAGGCACAAACAAGCUGAUAUUCCCAUCAACGGCUGGGCAGUUGAAUGUCGGGUUUAUGCCGAGGACCCCUACAAGUCUUUUGGUUUACCGUCUAUUGGGAGAUUGUCUCAGUACCAAGAACCACUGCAUCUACCUGGUGUCCGGGUUGAUAGUGGCAUCCAACCAGGAAGUGAUAUUAGCAUUUAUUAUGAUCCAAUGAUUUCAAAACUAAUCACAUAUGGUUCUGAUAGAAGGGAAGCACUGAAAAGAAUGGAAGAUGCACUGGAUAAUUAUGUUAUUCGAGGUGUUACACAUAAUAUUGCAUUACUUCGAGAGGUGAUAAUCAACUCACGCUUUGUAAAAGGAGACAUCAACACUAAAUUUCUUUCUGAUGUGUAUCCUGAUGGCUUUAAAGGACACCAGUUAACAGAGAAUGAGAGAAACCAGUUAUUGGCAAUAGCUUCAUCCUUGUUUGUGGCAUCCCAAUUAAGAGCACAUCAUUUUCAAGAAGAUGAAAAUUCAAGAGUGCCUAUUGUAAAACCACAAGUGGCCAACUGGGAGCUCUCAGUAAAAUUGCAUGAUGAAGUUUAUACUGUCGUAGCAUCCAUCAGUGGGCCAACAUUCUCUGUGGAAGUUGAUGAGUCGAAACUAAAUGUGACCGGCGCGUGGAACCUGGCUUCACCCUUAUUGUCUGUCAACGUUGAUGGCACGCAGAGGAUGAUACAGUGUCUUUCUCGAGAAGCAGGUGGCAACAUGAGCAUUCAGUUUCUUGGUACCGUGGGAGCAAAUGCUGAGGAACUGGGACACAAUAUCAGAAGCCAUAUAUUUUCUCCUGUUAACACCAGCGUCGCUGACCCACAAUACAAGGUGCAUAUCCUAACCAAACUCGCCGCAGAAUUGAACAAAUUUAUGCUGGAAAAAGCGGCUGAGGACACAAGCAGUAUUCUGCGCUCCCCAAUGCCUGGCAUGGUGGUGGCCGUCUCUGUCAAGCCUGGGGACCUGGUAGCAGAAGGUCAGGAAAUUUGUGUGAUUGAAGCCAUGAAGAUGCAGAACAGUAUGACAGCUGGGAAAACUGGCAAGGUGAAAUCGGUGCAUUGUAAAGCUGGAGACACAGUUGGAGAAGGAGAUCUGCUAGUGGAACUGGAAUGAAGUAUUUAUAGCCUUUCAGUCAUCACCCGAUUUAAUUAGCCAUUCGUAUUAUUGUCCUUUCACACUCAAUUUAUUCAAGCGUUUUGCAGGAACACCCCUGUGUAGCAGAUUUUACAUGGUCAUAUUUAUUCCACAUAUAGUCAAGACCAACAUUCUGCCAAAAAAUCACCAAUGGAAAUUUUUAUUGAUAUAAAUACUUGUACAUAAGAUUUGUACUUCUGGGCUUCCCAGGUGGCGCAGUGGCUGAGAGUCCACCUGCCGAUGCAGGGGACGCGGGUUCAUGCCCCGGUCUGGGAAGAUCCCACAUGCCGCGGAGCGGC